AUGAUAAUUAGUUCAGAACCUCAGUCCAGACAAUGUGAAACUACCUGUGAGGAAUGCCUUCCAAACCCAUGUGAAACUGCCAGGAAAAAUGAGUCUUAUGAGUCUAAAAUUACAGUUGUUCAAGACACACCAGAAAUACUGCGUGUUAAAGAAAAUCAAAAGAAUUUCAGCUCGGUUUUAUAUAAAGAAGAUGUCUCACCAGGAACGGCGAUUGGAAAGACACCUGAGAUGAUGAGAGUGAAGCAAACCCAGGACCAUAUUAGCUCGGUGAAGUAUAAGGAGGCGGUUGGACAAGGAACCCCCAUCCCAGACCUGCCUGAAGUGAAGCGCGUCAAGGAGACACAGAAGCACAUCAGCUCGGUUUUGUACAAAGAAAACUUGGGAACAAGCAUUCCAACCCCUGUCACUCCAGAGGUUGAGAGAGCCAAACACAAUCAAGAGAACUUUAGCUCGGUGCUUUAUUCUGAUAGCUUCCGGAAACAAAUACAAGGCAAAGCUGCCUAUGUCUUGGACAUGCCAGAGAUGAGACGGGUGAGGGAGAUCCAACGCCACAUCUCAACGGUGAAAUAUCAUGAAGACUUCGAGAAACACAAGGGUUGCUUCACACCAGUGGUGAUAGACCCCAUCACUGAACGAGUAAAGAAGAACACACAGGACUUCAGUGACAUUAACUACCGAGGUAUUCAGAGAAAAGUGGUAGAAAUGGAACAAAAACGGAAUGACCAGGAUCAGGAAACUACUACAGGUUUACGUGUCUGGCGUACAAAUCCUGGCUCAGUUUUUGACUAUGAUCCAGCAGAAGACAACAUUCAGUCCCAAAGCUUACACAUGAUUAAUGCACAAGCUCAGCGCCGGAGCCGGGAGCAGUCUCGAUCUGCCAGCGCGCUGAGCGUCAGCAGCGGCGAGGAGAAGUCUGAGCAUUCAGAAGAUGCCCACCUCUCCACCUACAGCGACGGGGGCGUCUUCUUCUCUGCAACCUCACCAGCUUACAAACAUGCAAAAACCACAGAGCUCCCACAGCAACGAUCAUCUUCAGUUGCUACCCAGCAGACAAUGGUAUCCUCCAUCCCAUCUCAUCCAUCUACUGCUGGAAAAAUCUUCCAUGUCAUGUAUGACUAUAUGGCUGCAGAUGCAGAUGAGGUGUCCUUCAAAGAUGGAGAUGCCAUUGUAAACGUUCAAGCUGUUGAUGAAGGUUGGAUAUAUGGCACCGUGCAGAGGACUGGCAGAACCAGCAUGCUCCCAGCCAACUAUGUUGAAGCUAUUUAGGAACUUCAAAGCACUGCACCUGUCUACAGCACCUACAAAUCUUGCCAUCAGUAUUUCAGUUUAGACUCUCCACUAUUUCCCGAGUUCUGAAGCUGCCUAGUGGUUUUUGUGUCAAUAUGAUUCAUGGUUGUACCAUCCCUUAACUUGUUUCUAUAUGUACCCCAAUAAUUCACCAGUAAAACAAAGGUUAGUACAA